AUGUCUCAUUUCGGGAUGAUGACAGAACAGGAAGGUUACCUGCCUAGUGGAGUCUGCCUAACCUGUACAGGAGACAACUGCAGUCAUCAGUCUCGGUGUCAACAUUGCCAGCAAUCGUGGUGUGGCAAACAACAACACGUGCCAAACUACCUGGUGGCACAGACGGCCUGUGAAGUGUGCAAACACGAACCAGUCACAGAAACAUCCAAAUGUCAUGCAUGCGGGUCAAGGUGUCCAUGCUGUAACAAACGAGACAAGAAGAAGAAUUACCUGAAGGAACCAUGUGAGCAGACCUGUGGAUGUCGUCAAGUCAUCUUUCAGGGCGACGGAGCCCACAUUCGGUUUUGCCAAUGGCUGUUCCAAGACGACCACAAAGAUGUCACGGCUAUCGCCCAUAAUAACAAGGCCUACGAUGCCUACUUUCUUCUGGAAUACAUGAUUGACCAGUCGAUGUAUCCACAAAAAAUCAUUUACAAUGGAUCAAAAAUCAUGUACCUGCAAGUGGAGAGAGGACUUAACAUCAGGAUUAUUGACAGUUUGAAUUUUCUCCCCAUGAAACUGGCUGCUUUCCCCAAGGCAUUUGGUUUGACAGAACUGAAGAAGGGAUACUUUCCCCAUUAUUUUAACACCCUAGGAAACCAGAAUUAUCGUGGACCGUUUCCCGAACCUAACAUGUAUGGUGCCAAUUACAUGGGGUCCAAGGAGAGAUCAACAUUUCUUAAGUGGCAUACUGAACAACAGGGAAUGUUCGACUUUCAGAAAGAGAUGAGGGAAUACUGUGUCUCUGACGUCGCUGUUCUCAGAGAAGCCUGCUUAAAAUUUCAAGCUCUGAUGCUGGAAGCCACUGGUGAAAAACAGAUCGACCUCGAUACCAAAGCGGUCACCUACAUCAAUGGCAUCGAUCCGUUUGCCCAGUACAUCACCAUUGCCUCGGUAUGUAUGGGCAUCUUUCAGAGCAAAUUUCUCAAGAAACAUCAGCAUGUCAAACUUACAGACACCCAGGAAAUCACAGACUGGAUGACGGUCAGAGAGGAUGGAUCCAUCAAGGUGAAACCUGAUUUAUGGCUGACGGAAGAAGAGUUGAGAGAUCGUGGGAUGACCAUCGUCGAGUCUGAAACUGUACCCAGUCCUAUAGCUCAAGUGCCAAGUGAGGGAAAGAGAGAAGAACUGAAACUGAAAGGAUACAAAGUCAUCGAAAUCUGGGAACACGAGUUUAACCAUCUUCAGAAAUCCAACCCAGAGCUGAAGCAGUUUGUGAACUCUUUGGAUCUUCAAGACCGGUUAAAUCCCAGAGAUUCAUUCUUUGGAGGAAGAACGAAUGCCAGCACGUUACACUAUAAAGUCAAAGAAGGGGAAGAAGUCAAGUACGUGGAUUUCACAUCUCUGUAUCCGUGGGUCAACAAAUAUUGCCAGUAUCCCGUAGGACAUCCUGAAAUCAUACACAAGGAUUUCAAGCCACUGGAUCAAUACUUUGGAAUCGCCAAGGUGAAAGUUGCCCCUCCUAGAAAACUCUACCAUCCUGUUCUGCCUUACCGUUCCAAUGGAAAACUCAAAUUUCCUUUGUGCAGAACCUGUUCGGAUCAGGAACUACAAACACCAUGCCAUCAUUCGGAUGAAGAGAGGAACAUCACUGGAACCUGGUGCAUACCAGAAAUUCUUAAAGCCAUGGAAAAGGGGUACCAAGUCAUCACAGUGUACGAGGUCUACCACUGGCCUGAAACAACCCAGUACAAUCCAACGACACGUGACGGUGGUCUCUUUGCCGAGUACAUCAACACCUUUCUCAAGCUAAAACAAGAAGCCAGUGGAUGGCCCGAAUGGUGUUUGACAGAUGAAGAUAAAGACCAAUACAUCAGGCAAUACAGAGACAAAGAGGGCGUACAGCUGGAUAAAGAUAAAAUCACAAAGAAUCCGGGACUUCGUUCACUGGCCAAGCUGUGUCUGAACAGUUUCUGGGGGAAGUAUGGUCAACGUUUGAACAUGAAACAGUCUGCCUUCAUCCACGAAAGCAAUGCAGACGUUUUCUUCCAGAUGUUGGCAGAUCCCACCAAAGAAGUUAUCGAUUUCCACGUGUUGACAGAAACCAUUUUGCAGCUCGAAUACCAACACAAAUCCACCUUCAUCCCAGAAGAUUUAAAAACCAACGUUUUUCUGGCGACCUUUACCACUUCCUGGGCGAGAUUGAAGUUAUACAGUGUGUUGGAACAGCUGGACGAAAAUGUGUUGUACUACGACACGGACUCGGUCAUUUUCGUGGCAAGGCCUGGAGACUAUCAGCCCCCUCUGGGAGAUUAUCUUGGUGAAUUGACUGACGAAUUGGAUGGUCAGUUCAUCACCGAAUUUGUCAGUGGAGGUCCCAAAAAUUAUGGCUACAGAACCAAUAAAGGCUCAGAAGUGUGCAAGGUGCGAGGUUUUUCCUUAAACUAUGCCAAUGCACAGCUCAUCAACUUUGAAGCUAUCCGCGAGAUAGUUUUGUCACCCACCAGAGAUGCUACCCUGACCGUGACGAACCCAUCCAAAAUUUCAAGAGAAAAAAGGAAGAGAAAAAUUUACAACAAAGUGGAAGAGAAAAGGUACAAGAUAGUGUACACCAAGCGUGUCAUUCAAGACAAUUUGGACACUCUUCCUUAUGGCUAUUAA